AUGUUGGACUGGCCUCCGAAAGUCGAGGCUCCAUACUUGCGCCGAGCACAGGUGUGUCAGUUUGGGCUUGUUGCUGUGCUGGCAGCAUAUGGUCUCUUCGAAGCAUACGCACUCAUAGUCGAGCCGCUCGCCCGCUUGGACGUCAAGCUGGCGCAGUUUCCCGAAGUCUGCAUGUGUUGCGGCCAUAAUUCGUCAACUUCUUACUAUUCGCUGGCGAAUGACUCCAUCUAUGCAGUUUCUCUUGGAAGUGGCAGACACCCGCCAAUGCGAUGGCACGGUGGAUGUGCCUGCCUUCAGUCCGAACUUCUCGGAGACACAGUGGAGCAAGGGGGAAGUUUUUUAUGGGUGUGCCGGGCCAGCCAAACAGCAAGUCUUAGAAGCUGGAUGCCGGCAAGGCAAACCUAUUUGGAAAUCGCCCAGUUCGCAGAUCCCGCCCACUGUGCAAGAAUCGGGGUUGAUUUGUCAUACUCAUCCAUGGAAGGCGGUUCUAGUUUUGCUGAAAAGCUCCGUUUCAUUCGGACCAACACCGGCCCCUUCGACCAGUUUUUAGGGCAUGCUGUAUACCAGCGCUUUCGAGGCAUCAAUUCCGAUCCCGGCACCAAUGCCGAUCCCGGUGAGGCUGCCGAUCCUGGAGAGUGGCCCACAUCUUCGAAUGAUGGGCCUUAUAUCACAUUUGAAGGCCAAUGGUUCGUGAAUGUUCAAAAGGUCACAGAGCAGGGGGGGUCAGCCUGGCUCCUAAGCAUUGGCUGGCAGCCAAUCGUGCACCGGUACAUCGUGUUAUCGCCCAGUUCUCGAGCAUUUCUGUGGUUGGCAAGCAUGGGAGGUUUGUUCGGCGCCCUUCGUGGACUAUGGACCUUUAUCUUUAUUCAGAAAAAUCGUGACCACGAGAUUGCAAAGAUCUACGAUGAGCGCACCUUCAGGCCACUGAUUCCAGAAUGUUUCAAAAAGCCAGCACAGCAAACCAACAGCUCUGCGGAUGAUGGGGCAAUCACGGGGAUUCUGAACUCGCCGGAGGCCGAGGUCUUGGGCAAUCUCAAUGAUGUACAACUCCGAGUGCAAGUGGCGAAUGUCGCAGACGCUUCGUCGAACUAUGAAGAGCAUUCUCAACGAGGCUUGAAAGCAUCGGAAUAG